AUGGUAGACUACGAAUGUGAAGAGAGUCCUGAGAUCCCGGCUUCCAGGUCAAAGAUAGAAACCACUCUCAAGGAAAUCGGGCCCGAGGAUUAUUCUGCUUUAUAUGAAGAGAUCGGUGUUGCGUUAUUCGAAUAUGGGCGUGCGAUGCCACCACUUAGGGAAAUCUCAAAAAUGGACAGCCAGCGCCUCAUCGAGCUGCAGCUCCCAGUAGUCUCCCGCAAAGGCCUCAUACCGAAGACACUCGAAAGUGAGAAGGUCCUAGUGAACGUCACGAAGCGUGAAUAUGUCAAAGCCGUAGACAGCCAAAGGCAAUUUAUUCCAGAGAAGGCUGUUCCUCGCUUGACUCGCUGGGGCUUGGGCGAGGUGAUAGCCACAGUUGAGCGUGGGGAAUGGGCUGGCGACCACUUGUCAAUGAUCUUAUGCAGCGAACUAGAAGAGAAGAUGAAAAAUGAGGGGGGCUGGAAAGAGUUCAAAGGUCAUACAAUGGAGUUCCGAUGA